CGCUUAUAACCAUAAAAACGUCAUCGAAUAAAAACAUUUUAAUCUUUGUAGUAGGUAAAUAUAAUGAUUGCAAAAGUCCAUACGCGUCAGUCGGUUCGCGAGCUUAGAGGCUGAAAGUCAUGGAGGGUCUACCUAGGCAUGGAUACUUGGAUUUCCUCCCGGAUUCGCUGGAGGUGGUCAGAAGGGAUGUCAACCUGGACAAACCUGGAGAGAUCCGGGAUGCUGUGAGGAUUCUGGACGAAUGGGUGAAACAGCAGAAGCAUUAUAUGAAGAAGGAUAUACACCCAGUUUACUUGGAGACCCUAAUAUUAAUGUCGAAAGGUUCUCUGGAACGUGCCAAGUCUGUUCUGGAGAAGAUGUUUACCGUCAGAGCUUUGUACCCACACUAUUUCGAACUGUUUGAUGUUCAGAAGGAGUUUCAGCUUAUUAAGGAAUCUAGUUACAUAUUGCCUUUGCCAAAGAUGAUAGAAGAUUACUAUAGGAUAAUGGUUUGGAAGUUCAUUGGUAAAUUUAGCAACCCCAAGAUCAUGGAGAGCGUUUACAAAAACAUUUUUCUCAGUCUAGAGUACCUGAAGCGUUAUGACUACCACACGGGCGCCGUUCUCGUGUACGACCUAUCAGAGUGCGAUCUCAAGGAUGCCCUCACUGGAGUCAAUCUCAUGGAACUGAAGAACUGCUAUAAUAUUGUGUUCGAAAGCUACGGCUUCAGGGUAAAAAGGAUCCAUCUGAUCACGGCGUCGCAGAUCGUGUACACCUUCAUCAAUUUCUUCCGUCACUUCUUGAAGAAGAAGAUCUUCGACCGACUGACGGUACACAAGAGUAUUGACGAGCUCCACCAGUUCUACCCCAAACACAUCAUGCCGAAAGACUAUGGUGGGACAGAGAGGUCUUUGCGAGAAUUGCAAGAUGAUUUCUUAUCACACCUAUCUUCGGAGGACUUCAGUGCAUACAUGAAAGACAUGGCCGACGCCAAAAUCGACGAGUCCCAGAGAGUCGUUGUGCAUAACGACGAACUUAAUGGAACGUUCCGAACUUUGGCAAUAGAUUAAACCUAUCGUAGAAUUUGAUUCAUCAUAUACAUAUAUAUGCCAUAUAUACCUACGGGCUACGUCGUUAUUUUGUCGUGUCAAGUGACUCAAGUCAAUUAAUGUAAGCCGCAAUAUGAUAAUGGUGAUGACGUAUUUGGUGAACUUGAUGUAACCCGACCAAAUCACAUAGACCGCUAUACUAUAUCGAUAUAAUUUAUCGCCGAGAAUUAAUUUCUCUAAGUACGCUGUAUUGUCGACUGUGACCUAGAGGAAGACUGGAUUGUUUUAAAAAAAGAAAACCCUUUGUUCUAAGAAUAGUUUUCACAAGUUGUAAUUAUUGCUAUGAAUUAUGAUAUAAUCCUA